GGCCUACAGUAGGUACCUAGCGACAUCCAUCGGCGCUGCCAGGUGAGCCAGGCUAGCCUAGGUUCUCAACUACUGUACUCGAGUAGUACACUAAAUCGAGUUUCAUACUCGUAACAAUCAAGCCCCCACCAUAACUACAAACCACCAACACUCCCAGCUUCCCGUCCUCCAGGACACACACAUCAUCUAUCCUACGUCGACCAUCUCGCAAAUAUGAAGUUGCACUACAUCGGAGUAAGCAUAUUCGCGCCGCCCAACCCGCCCAGCGCUGGACUGACCGCUGAUUCUGAUUCUCUUGCAAUAGAUCAUCAAGAACGAGGCAAAGCCGGCGCAUGAGCUGGUCGCCGAAAAGGAAUUGAGUGCCUAUUCGAGGUUCACCAAAAACAAGUACGUCUUGAAAAUGCCCAUACCUAUCCACACCUCCCGAUACGAACCAUCUACAAAGCGAAAGCGGGAACUGGAUGAGGGGUUGGGAGUUCUGGCGGAGGAGCAGCAGCAUCCCCGAGAUUCUGACUGGAAGAAGAGUAGCUGAUGAUGGAGUUCAAUUCUAGCUAUGGAGAGUUCAUGACAAUGUUCAGCAAGACGGUGGCAGAAAGAACAAAGCCAGGCCAGAGACAGGAUAUUGAAGAGCAAGGUGCGCCUCUCAGACUCCCAUGUAUUGAGAUGAUCCCGAAAGCUGACCUCAAAAAGACUACACGUUCCAUGCCUACGGCCGUACCGAAGGAGUGUGCGGUAUCAUCAUCUCAGACCAUGCUUACCCAUCCAUGGUCGCCCAUCAACUCCUCUCCAAAGUCGUCGACGAAUUCCUCACCUCUCAUCCCCGUUCAGAAUGGGCCAAUUCCACGCCUACUCUCGCAUUUCCCGAACUCAAGGAAUACAUUGUGAAGUAUCAGGAUCCCCAACAAGCCGAUAGCAUUAUGAAGAUCCAGAAAGAGUUAGACGAUACCAAGAUUGUUUUGCACAAGACGAUUGAGAGUGUGUUACAGAGAGGAGAGAAGAUUGACGAUUUGGUGGCGAAGAGCGAUGGAUUAAGUGCUCAGAGCAAGAUGUUUUAUAGUGAGUUUACUUCAACUUGUGGUGUUUCGAGCACCGCUUUCAAAUCACAACUAACAUCCAACUAGCCCAGGCAAAGAAGCAAAACUCCUGCUGCGUUGUUAUGUAGAUGGGCAGUGGUUGUUGGCAUGGUGUUGAAUUUGGGCACAUACGGCGUUUUCGAUAAUUUGAGAUUCGGUUGCUUCGUAGUCUUUUAGCAGCGCAGAGAUUGUAAAUGAAAUCACGAGACCAAUGGGAAGGUAUGCAGCAUUGAUGGUGAACACAUGUAAAAAUUCCUUUGGAGAAUAUCGUGUAGGCAGAUCUACCAUUUCCAGCACAAC